CCCGGAGCCGGCUAGUGCGCCCGGGAUCUCGGCCUGCGCAGCGGCGCCAGCGGAGAGCCAGGCCCACAGCGCCAGAGCCGGCCUGCUGGGGAGGGGCGGGAGGCGCGCGGGGGAGGGCCCGCCCGGCCAGGGCCCCGGGCGCUCUCAGAGGCCGACCGCGCUCCCAGCCCGCCCGAAGCCCAUGCCCGGCGGCUGGCCCGUGCUGAGGCUGGAGGGGGGCCCGGCUCUGCAUGGCCCCGGCUGCUGACAUGACUUCUUUGCCACUCGGUGUCAAAGUGGAGGACUCUGCCUUCGGCAAGCCAGCGGGGGGCGGCGGGGGCCAGACCCCCAGCACCACCGCGGCCGCGGCGGCAGCCAUGGGCGCAGACGAAGAGGGGACCAAGCCCAAAGUGUCCCCUUCACUCCUGCCCUUCAGCGUGGAGGCGCUUAUGGCCGACCACAGGAAGCCCGGGGCCAAGGAGAGCGCCCUGGUGGCCUCCGAGGGCGCACAGGCAGCUUGUGGCUCCGGGCAGCCCCUGGGCGCCCGGGCCGGGGCGUUGGGCGUCUCGGACGCGCCGUCCUCGCCGCGGCCGCUCGGCCAUUUCUCGGUGGGAGGACUCCUCAAGCUGCCAGAAGAUGCGCUCGUCAAAGCUGAAAGCCCUGAGAAGUCCGAGAGGACCCCGUGGAUGCAGAACCCCCGCUUCUCCCCGCCCCCAGCCAGGCGGCUGAGCCCUCCGGCCUGCACCCUGCGGAAGCACAAGACCAACCGCAAGCCACGGACGCCCUUCACCACGGCGCAGCUGCUGGCGCUGGAGCGCAAGUUCCGCCAGAAGCAGUACCUGUCCAUUGCGGAGCGCGCGGAGUUCUCCAGCUCGCUCAGCCUCACCGAGACGCAGGUGAAGAUCUGGUUCCAGAACCGCCGGGCCAAGGCCAAGAGACUGCAGGAGGCAGAGCUUGAGAAGCUGAAGAUGGCCGCCAAGCCCAUGCUGCCACCGGCCGCCUUUGGCCUCUCCUUCCCGCUGGGCGGCCCUGCUGCCGUGGCGGCCGCGGCCGGCGCCUCGCUCUAUGGUGCCUCUGGCCCCUUCCAGCGUGCGGCACUGCCCGUGGCCCCCGUGGGACUCUACACGGCCCACGUAGGCUACAGCAUGUACCACCUGACAUAGAGGGCCCCAGGGUCGCCGACCUGUGGCACCAGCUGAUCCCUCCAGCCCUGCUCUUCUGCAAGAGCAGGGGCCUUCCCCGGCCAGCUGGCUGUUUGGACCGCCUGGCUCCUUCCCUUUAGCUCCCACACUGCUCUGGUUUCCCAGGUUGCUCCCUGCCUUCUCUCUCCGAAGUCUAAUCCUCUCCCCCCAAACGGGACCGGAAGGGAAGGGUUCCUUCUCUUCUUCUAGAAUCCAGAUCCACACCCUCGUGUUAAAGAUGGGGAAACUGAGGCCAGGGAGGUUAAGAAAUGGAUCUGCCUGGCCCCCAGCAGAGUUAGUGUUUGGAUCAGGACUAGAGGCCACUUCCCGGGCAUCUCUGCCUCCUGUCCUGACACCAGGCAGGAGAAGCACAGAGAAACCCGUGUUUGAAGAUUUUGAAAAGGAGAACA